AGAGGAGGCCUGAGGGCUAGGGUGGGCACCAGCCAGCCAUGGCCGCAGCUGAGACCACCUUGCCUUCCAUCAGUACACUGACUGCCCUAGGCCCCUUCCCGGACACACAGGAAGACUUCCUCAAGUGGUGGCGCUCUGAGGAGGUGCAGGACUUGGGUCCGGGUCCCCCCGACCCCAUCGGGCCGCCCUUCUAUGUGAAAGCAGAGUUGGAGGACGUGCCUGGGGAGGACGAAGACAAGAAGGACGUGGCCACCGCCUGGGACCUGGAUCUCUUCCUCACCAACCUGCCGUGCGCAGAGCCGGGCGGUGCGCCCCAGACCUGCGCUCCGGCGUCCGGCGAGUGUCCGGGUGUGCAAUUCCCACCGCCGCCCGAGACUCUGGGCGCGUACGCGGGCGGCCCAGGGCUGGUGGCUGGGCUCUUGGGUCCCGAGGAGCACCCGGGCUGGGCGCGCCCGACCCCACGAGCCCCGGUCCCUGACGCCUUCGUGAUCCCAGCCCUGGUCCCGGUCCCCGAGCCCAAGGCACUGCCACUGCAGCCGGGGUACUUGGGGCCAGGUGCAGGCUCCUCUGGCAGCUACUUCCCGCGGACAGGGCUUUCAGUGCCUGCGGCGCCGGGCGCCCCCUAUGGGCUGCUGUCCGGGUACCCCGCGCUGUACCCGGCGCCGCAGUACCAAGGGCACUUCCAGCUCUUCCGCGGACUCCCCACGUCCGCGCCUGGCCCUACCGCGCCCCCCUCCUUCCUGAGUUGCCUGGGACCUGGAACGACGGGUGCGGGACUCGGAGGAACCGCAGUAGAUCCAGGAGAGACCGCGGAGGCUGCGCCGUCUAAGCGCAGCCGGCGCUCGUGGGCACGCAAGAGGCAGGCGGCGCACACGUGCACAUAUCCGGGCUGCGGCAAGAGCUACACCAAGAGCUCGCACCUGAAAGCUCAUCUACGCACUCAUACUGGGGAAAAGCCUUAUGCAUGCACGUGGGAAGGCUGCGGCUGGAGGUUCGCGCGCUCCGACGAGCUUACCCGCCACUACCGAAAACACACCGGACAGCGUCCCUUCCGCUGCCAGCUCUGCCCGCGCGCUUUUUCGCGCUCGGAUCACCUGGCCUUGCACAUGAAGCGUCACCUUUGAUCCCCCCCGUCCCCUAGCACUUGGACCUUCCCGGGGACGGAACAAGAACGGAGCCACGCAGAGUGGUUUUCCCUCGAAUGGACCCUCUCCCAGACUCAUGGCCCCACAGAUCCACCGAAAGAUCAAGGACUGGCCUAUAGACAGACCUGGGGGAGCCUCCAACGGAAGCUCCUACAUGUCCUUAGCUACAAGGAGCCACAGAGAUUUCCUACAGACGCAGACCCAACGGAACAAAGCUCCAAAUAAAUGGACUCAGAUGGACACUCAAACACUUGGGACAGGAGACAGACCCUCAGAAAGCUGGGCCCUCAGACCAGCUCACAGGCAGCCCUGGACAGCGGGAGGGGUUGUGGGGUGAAGUUUCUCAGAGACCCUGGGUCUAGAAAGGGUCUUCACACCUUGACUUCUGAAGCUCCGCAUAGAGGCUGGCAUCAGCGGUGAAUGGUUAUGGGUCCUAUAAAACUGCCCUUCCUAGAUAAAGCUUCGGCGUUGGCCUGACUUUGUGAAUUUUGAGUGCUGGAAGAUGGGAG